AUGGCAUACAGACCAGACCCGAUGAAAAUCAUCACGCAAAACUGCAGGGGAUUGAAUCUCCCAGAACGCAGAACUAAUCUCUUGAGGGAACUUCAGAGAGAGUGGGUUGCAGUCGCUCUUCUCCAAGAAACUCACUUUCGAGAAGGAGCGGCCCCGACACUCAAGAACAAACACUACCCCACUAACUACUACAGCAACCACCCUACAGCGAAAAAGGCAGGGGUCGCGAUCCUUAUAGCAGCUCGUCUACAAUUCCAGGAACAGGAUUGCCUUAUAGACCACAACGGCAGAUACGCCUUCGUAAAGGGGAAUAUCGCAGGGCGAUGUUACAC